AUGGCACGUCGAAAACAAGUCGCUCCCGUGCAACGAAUCAAUUCCGGCGAGAUCAUGCAGAUGCCCUCGGACGAACCAGAAAAACGUGCAAUCUACACCAAUGGAGACAUAUCGAAAACUUCAAAGUCUACAUCAAAUCCACCUUCCUCCUCCUUUCCUAGAUCGACGUCCCACGCGCAGCCUGCACAGGCUGGCAUCCUGACCCUCAUCAUCUGCGUCAGUGGAAUCUAUACAUCGUUUCUGACCUGGGGUCUUCUCCAAGAGCGCAUAACAACCACACCGUACCCGAUCGACGACUCCGCGCAGGCGCAAUCAGAAUAUUUUCGUUUCCCCGUCGUCUUGAACACCCUUCAGGCCUUUUUCGCAUUUACAAGCGGUAGCCUGUACCUGCUGUACAAGACAAAGUCCUUCAACAUCCUCCCGUCGAAGGCUUCCCUCGUCCCUCUCCUCCUUGUCACAUUAACGACGACCCUUGCGUCGCCAUUUGGCUAUGCCUCCCUCGCCCACGUCGAUUACCUUACCUUCGUCCUCGCGAAGUCCUGCAAACUCCUCCCGGUCAUGGCUUUGCAUGUAACGCUCUUCCGUAAACGCUAUCCGCUGUCAAAAUACAUGAUCGUGCUCGCCGUCACCAGUGGCGUCGCUAUUUUUACACUCUAUCACCCGCCGAAACCGGGCAGGGAGCAAAAGCCGCAGUCCUCGAGCAUCUAUGGCUUAACUCUGUUGGGAAUAAACCUGCUGUUCGACGGCCUGACGAACACCGUGCAAGAUCAUAUAUUCCAAUCCCCAAGUCGCUAUGGCAAGACCUCCGGGCCUCAGAUGAUGGUCAUUUUGAAUCUGCUCGGCACAGUGCUCAUGAGCGUAUAUCUGCUCGCGACACCGUAUAUACCUGAGCCGUUCGUCCCGUCAUUCGCCAAAAUGAGUCAAACUCAUGAACUGGCCACGGCCUUGUCUUUCCUCAUCCGUCAUCCAGCAGCCUUCUACGACGUCCUCGGCUUCGCGGCAUGUGGCGCCAUAGGCCAGCUCUUCAUCUACGCGACUCUGGAGCGGUUCUCGAGCCUCUUGCUCGUCACGGUGACAGUGACCCGUAAAAUGCUCACCAUGGUGCUGAGCGUGGUGUGGUUCGGCAAAAGUCUCAGUCAGGGCCAGUGGAUGGGCGUGGUGCUCGUGUUCGGAGGCAUCGCCACUGAAGCGUAUAUUCAGCAUAGCGAGAAAAAGGGAAAGAAAGGCGGAAACGAGGAGGUAGAAGGUAAUAAACAAAAGCGGACAUGA